AUGGCUCCACCGAAGGUUCCCAUGGAAUUCAUCAACGACGUGAAGAAACGCAAUCUCACAUUUCAAACACGAAAACAGGGCAUCAUAAAGAAAGCUAACGAACUCGCAACCCUCUGUGAUGUCGAUAUCUCCAUGAUCAUUUGUGCUGAUGACCAUCAACAACCAGAGAUCUUCUCUCCCGAUGCUGAUAAAUUCAACCGUUUGGUCAAUCGUUAUGUUCAAAAUCGCAGUAUUGCACCUGAGAAAAAUCGUUGUUAUGGUUUGUCAGAUUACUUUAAUGUCACAAAGAUCAAGAUGGAGAAAGAACUCCCUAACGCCAAGAACAACAACAUUGAAGAAAAAUUUCCAACUUGGUUUGAUUUUCUGGACAAUCUCUCCGAAAUGGAAUUACGUGAAUUAGCAUCAGCCAUGGAGGCUAAAAUCAGUUGUGUUAAAAACAAGAUCGAAUCUCUGAAGAAAAACUCCGGGAUUCAGCCUAAUACUGUUCUUGAUGAGGGUCAGAGAUCAAUGGCGUCACCAUCUGUAAACAAUUCCCCAAUCAUGAUAGUGAUGGAGAGGGAUGAAGACGACCCAGACACAGUUAAAUAG